AUGAAUAGAUCGAGACAUUCAGUAGGCCCCCAGAGGGCUGACGGCCUCUCCUGGUCCCGCGGUCUCUUCACGGUCGCUCGACUUGCGUUCCUUUUGAUGGCCUUCUUUGCCUCUUUAACUUCUUCUCUUUCGUCAGUUGCCACUGAAGAUAGCACAGUUGAAGUUGGAACAAGGUUUUCACUGAGGGCUCCAUUAAUUUCAAAGCUUAACGAGGCUUUGACGUCCUUAUGGACUCAAAUAACUCAUAAUGGGGAGCCCGUGGAGUUAUCGGGGUCCAAGGCUCAAGAGUUGGUUGAAACAACAAUUCGCCGACUACGCGAUUCAGGGGAAGAAGUCACAGACGAAUUUCGUGAUCUUUUGUCAUGGCAGCUGACGUCGUGUUUUCCAAUUGAAGAAAAUGCAUUGAGAGGGAUUCAUGGAAUCUUUGGAGUGACAAGCAGAGUCGUUUGUCCCGCUAACCGCACUUUCUCCUGUGCCUUGACUGCACUCAGUAUUCCAUUAGCCGAAGAGGAGCGAACCCCCAUACAAGCCCUUGAGGCCUCUAUAUGUGCUGCUGCAAUACGGCACGUUGGACAUGAUGCCGCCGCAAGGCUGGCUUCACAAAGAGGUACCGGCUUGGGCCCAGAACAGGUACGGAGCCUUACGCUUGAGGAAACUUCGUUGUCAACAACAGACGAAAAAACGGAGAGCCUUUUCAUGGAAGGCAUCCAACUUCAAAUAGAGAUGCAAAAGGGCUUUCAGCAACUUCAGUGGUCCCGAUUUGGCCGAGCUUUUAAGCUCGCAUCAGCUUUCCGCCUUGCCCAGCGUGAGCUAGCCAAAAUUGCACCAGAUUUGUUCUCAGUGAACGAAAUUUGGCAGACUGAGUCUACAUGCUCAACUUUUGAGCAAGUGGGUGUAGUCUGCUAA